UGAGAUGGACGAUUGAGAGGCACAGCUUUCGCGCCGCUUCCCCACUCUCAUCCUCAAGGCGAAGCAGGAGGGCAAGCAAACUGCAAGGCGAUUGAUUCAUGGCUCAGAGGGUGGGAUGGAGUCUUACAAGGGCAAUACCGUUACUCUGCGAGCCGAGAGCAGGACCAUCAAGACUGCCUCGCUGUCAUGACACUGCUCUCUUGGCCUUUCCGCGCCCUUGUACGAUCAAGGCGAGGCCAUCGACAGGCAGGCGCAGCUAUGCCAGUCAUCCUCCUACCCGACCUACUCCCCGGAUACAAACAACAUCUGCAGGAGAAAACUCCUCCUCUCGUCCCUCACGCGCAUUCAGAUACUCCCUCCUUGGCGUGCUCGCCUGGAUUCCUGUCCUCAUCUUCGUAGACGACCACAUCUUCUUCUUCGGACUCAUCAACGGCGGGUCAAUGACGCCCUCUCUCAACCCCGCCUACUCCACGCACGGUAUCUCUGCACCGAGGGACGUUGUGUUGCUCAAUCGUUUCACAGCAGAGCUAGACGAAUGGGAAGUAGGCGAUGUCGUCGUGCUCGUCUCGCCGCGCGAUCCGAACAUGCAUUUGACCAAGCGCAUACUAGGCUUGCCAGGUGAUGUGGUGAGAUUCGUGGACCCGGAGAUGCAAAGCCGGGGAGCAGAGGCGAAAGGGAAGGGCAAAGCGGUGUGGUCCAGAGUAAGGAUUCCUCCAGGCCACUGUUGGGUUGAAGGGGAUUCGAGCGUAUUUGCCAAAGCGAAGGGUGGGGGAGUAAUGUCGAUGGCUGAUGGGUCGACGCACUCGUCCGCCUUUAAGAAGGCAGAUGGGACCAACUCGCCCUCCUCGGUGUCGCAACAGCGUCGCUCAUUCUCUUCAUCGUCAACAUACGUCGACACCUCGCAAGACUCCCGUCACUUCGGCCCUGUCCCCCUCGCUCUCCUCACCGCCCGCGUGUCUCACAUCCUCUACCCGCCUUCACGAUUUGGACCCAUUUCCCGAACACGCCCCGAUGGGUCGACACCAGCCCCUGCUUCUCGACCUGGGGUCGCUGGAGGGAGUGGAUGGCCAUGGGAGUGGGACUGGGCUAGAAUGUUGGGCAUGAGGGAGGGAGAAGAAAGAAGGGAGAGGAGGGGGAAAGAGUUGGAAAAAUGGAGAUUGAGGAGGGCCAGGGAGGAUUCGAUGCUCAGUCCGUACUUGGUGGAUGAGAAGGGAGAGGAUGACGACAGGGUGAGGAGAGACAACGACAAGGACGGCGAGCUGUCGCCCGAGGAUGAGGCGAGGAGAGAGGUGCUGAGGCAGAGAUAUAACCUGCUCAGCCGUGGUGGCCAGUUGGGAGAGACCGCGGAGGGCUGACGGGCAGAAAGCAGCUCGUAGCAAUAUGUAUGCAACAGAUACGCUCAACAAAGACUGAACGCAAGGAUGAGGUCACGUCGAUGAUGCCCAGAAUGAUAUGUGAGG